AUGCAGAAUUCUGUAAGUGAAAUUCUACUUUUACACAAAAAAACAACCGGGGAGGGAGAAGUGUGAGUUUGUGGUGCAGGAGUUGGGGUUUGAUGGGGCGUUUGUGUAUAGUGAGGAGAGUUGUGAGGAGGGCUUUGAGAGGGUGCUGAGGGAGACCGGGGGUGGGGGGAUUGAUGUUUAUUAUGAUAAUGUUGGGGGGGAGCAGCUUGAUGUUGCGAUUAGUCAUAUGGUGGAGUUUGGGAGGAUUGGUAUGUUUCCCCUUCUUAUAUGUUAUCUAUGCGUCUCUGAGUUCUUUACGUGAUGUGGUAGUUGGAUUGAUGAGUGAGAUGGGACUGAUGAAUACCUAGUGCAAUGUGGAAAUAUGUCCCAGCAAUCCGUGCCGAAGGAUCAACGAUAUGGUAUCAAGAAUAUGCCCCUGGUUAUCCAACGCCGUCUUACUAUCAAUGGCUUCAUUGUCUCGGAUCCGGAACUGGGUCCCAAGUACUGCGAGGAACACCAGCAGAAGAUGGGGGAAUGGAUCAAGAAUGGAGAGAUGGUGGUGAAGAUGGCGGUCACUGAGGGGAUGGAAAAUGCAGCUGAGGGAUUCGUGGGGAUGUUGAAGGGGGAGAAAUUUGGGAAGGCGGUGUUGAAGGUUGCGGACGUUUGAUGGGGAUGAGUUUGAAAUUGAUGAGUUGAUGAUACUUGAUACCUACAUCUUGAGAUAUCGUGCUAAUAUUGAAAUGAGAGUUCCAAUUGUUGGGAUUCGAGGGAGAUACUGUACUGAGGCUCCACCUCGUUCCUUCCUUUACUGGUUCUUGACUUAACCGAGAAGUCAGUCGACAAACCAUGUCACCAUGGCAUAUCUGAAUGCGACGAGAGGACGAGAGCCCUCCUGAUAUGAUUUCCAAUCUCGAGAAAGAAUUGAAAGAAGGAAGGGGGGUGAGCCGUCGGGCGUGGAAGGAAAUUGUAAGUAGCACUGCACCGGUACCAGCUAUAUCUUAUAAAGGUAACUAUGUGCCGUUAGACUUGAGAUCAUCUAAAUGAUUGGUUAGCCCUGUAGAGGUAUCGUAC